AUCAAGGGGUUCCGCGCCGUCUCCAAGGCGAUCGACAAGUACACGUUCCUUCGACACCUGCGCGAGUCCGACGCGACGUCCUUCUAUCGCGUCCUCGUGAACCACGCGAUGGAGCUCCUUCCUUACGUCUACACCCCCACGGUCGGCGAAGCGUGCCAGACGUAUCACAGACUCCCCAUACGGACGAACGGCGUGUACAUCACCGCGGACGACGCGGGCAAGGUGGGCGACGCGCUCAGGACGCGCGCGAGGGACGUCGGCGCGGGGGACGGCGACGGGAAGCUGAAGGUUGCCGUCGUCACCGACGGCGAGCGCAUCUUAGGCCUCGGCGACCUCGGCGCCGGCGGCAUGGGCAUCGCCGAGGGAAAGAUCCUCCUGUACACCGUCUGCGCCGGCGUGGAGCCCGCGGCGUGCCUCCCCGUGUGCUUAGACGUCGGCACAGAUAACCAGGCGCUGUUGGACGACCCGAAGUACCGCGGUCUGCGGCGGAAGCGGUUGCGAGGCGCGGCGUACGACGACUUGGUCGAGGAGUUCAUGGCGGAGAUGCGUUCGUGGCAGCCGCGGUGUUUGGUCCAGUUUGAAGAUUUCGGCAACGCGAACGCGUUUCGCGUGCUCGAGAAGUAUCGGCGCGUGCAGCCGUGCUUUAACGACGACAUUCAGGGGACCGCGUGCGUCGCGCUCGCGGCGCUCUUGAGCGGUCUGCGGGCGACGGGGGGUCAGCUGACGGAUCAGACCGUCUUAUUUUACGGCGCCGGCGAAGCGGGCGUCGGCAUCGGGGAGCUCAUCGCGAUGGCGAUGGAAAAAGCCGGCCUGUCGAAGCGCGACGCGAUGCGUCGCUGCCUCUUCAUGGACAGCAAAGGGCUCGUCUGCAAGGCGCGGCUCGAGGGCUACGGCGGAGAGAAGUUCGCGCUCCAGCCGCACAAGAUUCCGUUCGCGCACGACGUCGCGUAUCAGCCGAACCUCCUCGCCGCCGUCGACGCGUUGAGACCGACGGCUUUGAUCGGCGUCUCCACGAUCGCGGGCGCGUUCGACGAGGCUGUCGUUAAGCGCAUGGCGGCUCUGAACCCGCGGCCGGUGAUCAUGCCACUGUCGAACCCGACGCCGCUCGCGGAGUGCACGUUCGAGCAGGCGGUGAGCUGGACGAACGGCGAGGUCGUCUUCGCGUCCGGGUCGCCGUUUCCGCCGCUGAGGCGCGCGGGCGGCGAGACGUUGUAUCCCGCGCAGGCGAACAACGCGUACGUGUUCCCCGCGCUCGGGCACGCCGCGGUGCUGUCGAACGCGCGAGAGGUGAGCGACGACGCGUUCUUGGACUGCGCGUACGAGCUCGCGUCGAUGAGCACCGCGGAGUGCGUCGCGACGGGCAAGCUGUUUCCCGACUUUGACAGCAUUCGCGACGUGAGCAAAAAGCUCGUCGCGUCCGUCGCGGCGAAGAUGGAAGCGAGAGGGGAGACGCGCGAGAGGGUGGGCGGGAUCGAGGCGUGGGUCGCGAAGGUCGAGCGCGAGUUUUGGUGCCCGGAGGCGGACGACGCGCCCGUCGCGCGGUCGCGGCUGUAG